AUGAAGAAGUUUUUGCAAAACAAAAAAGGCAGAUACUCUUUUCGGCAGAGCAAACGGGGUUCUCGGUACCCAUCUAAAGAUUUCUUCCUUAGCAUGCCGACGUCCAACCAGGGCUGGCCUGAGGAUUUCGGCUUCCAGCUCGGUGGGAAUGGACCUAGCUACAUCCUGUCUGUGGAGGAGGGCAGCAGCGCCCACCUAGCAGGGUUGCAGGCAGGGGACCAGGUCCUGGAGAUCGAGGGCCACAAUGUGUCGACACUGGGCCCGCAAGCCGUCAUCGCCAUCGCCCAGACUCAGAAGAACAUCCCUCCUAGUAUCGGAGUGGUGUCCCGCAUACAGCAGAUGGACAUCAUACCAGGUCCAGACGGUCGCUUUGGAUUCACCAUCGUAGGAGACUGCCCACUGCUGGUGGAGGACUGCUCGCCUUGCUCUCCAGCCGGCCGUGCAGGUCUGAGGGCCGGGGAUUACGUCAUGGAGGUCAACGGCAUACCCGUCAGGCAACAUGAGACAGCCGCGGCACUGAUCAAGGCCUCCCAGGGGAGGACGCUCCGUCUGGGGGUGCUGUGCCUCAGCCCAAGGCAGAAACACAGCGUCAGCAUAGAGGACAGUCAGAUGGGAGGAGAGGGGGCAAGACUGGACCGUAAACAUAAAGCUCUGGAGUUCAACAGGAAGGUUGACCAGAUUUUAGGUGAUGAACCCGAAGUGAAAGAGAAACUCUUCACUGCACUGAAGCAGUAUGCAGCAGAGAAGAGAUCUGAGUGGUUGGCCUCUGUCCUGCCAGAGAUACUCACCACUGAUGAGCAUCGACAGCUCAUCUCCAGCAUCAGAAUCUUCAUUCCGAAGAAGCACCGGCAGCGCUUCGACGAAGCUGUCUCACAGAACGUGAUCAACCGACUCUGCCGCAGCAAGAGCAUCAGUGAGCCGCAGGGCAGAGUCCGGCGCAGCCGGAGCGAGGAUCACUCCGAGCGCCACCAUGGGUCCAAACGGGCCAGUUCUGUGCCCAGGGACGGAGGAGAAGCGGGAGGGAGGGGUGAGGCGGGGAGAGACAGGGGCAUAAGGAAGUCCAUCUCUGGGAUACCUGCACAUCCCCCUAUCGGACCCAAUCAGAGGAUCGUUCGUGUCUACAGAGGGAAGAAGAACUUCGGCUUCACGCUGCGAGGUCACGCUCCCGUCUGCAUCGACUCCGUUAUCCCAGAUAGUCCUGCUGAGGAAUGUGGACUGAAACCAGGCGACCGUAUCCUUUUCCUCAAUGGACUGGACAUGAGGAACUGUUCCCAUGAGAAGGUGGUGUCCAUGCUGCAGGGCAGUGGGGCAAUGCCCACUCUGGUUGUGGAGGAAGGUCCGUCAGACUACUCUUCAGACCAAACCGACCCAGAGGAGUCGCCUAGCCUGGCCCCCACCACGUUACCACGCUCUAGGUCUCCAGCCCUCAGCUCUUUGCAGUGGGUAGCAGAGAUUCUUCCACCGAGCAUCAAAGUCCAUGGGCGGACCUUCAGUCAGCAGCUGGACCACCUGCUGACCAUCCAGGAAAGAUACACAGUCUGCAAGGCCUUGGAGACUUUUUUCCAGCAUAGGAACGUGGACACCCUUAUAGUAGACGUGUUUCCAGUGUUGGACACUCCAGCCAAACAGCUGAUCUGGCAGUUCAUCUACCAGCUACUGACUUACGAUGAACAGGAGCACUGCCAGAGCAAGCUGUCACGCUUCCUGGGUUUCAAGAGCAGUGCAGUGUCAGAGGCUGAUGACGGUCCGGAGCACCACCGGCGGAGCAGCUCCAUGCGUGUGACGGGGACGUCGUACCGCGGCAGCAUCCGAGAGAGGAGCUCUGACGAUUGCAUCAUUGGGACUCACCUGGGAAUGGGAAUUCAUGUCGAUGAAUCUGGGAACCCGGAAGAGAGGCAGUCAGGAGAUGGAACCUCCUUUCCCGAGUCUCCUGACCUCAAUCAUAUGACAGGUGUGUACACGGAGCUGGAGAAUGUGUACGCAGGAAAGAGUGUGUCUCCACUGCAGGGUGGCUCCUCAGCAGAGCCGGAGAGGCCGGGACAGACUGAGGCCUACGGGCGCUCUCUCUCUCCCCUCACACUCCCUCCUCUCACAGGUAACCGUAAAUCCGGCUUGUCCCUGUCCUGGAAGGAGCCUCUCCCGACUCCUGUGUAUGAGAUCCACCACCAGAGCAGCGUGGAUUCCAACCCCUAUGUCAGCCUGGAGAGCCCGCCCUCCUCCCCACAGCACUUGGACAGCGGUCCCAACACACUGACCCGUCGCAAGAAGCUGUUCACCUUCUCCCGCCCACCCCGCAGCCGAGACACCGACAAGUUCCUGGACGCCCUGAGCGAACAGCUUGGCCACCGGGUCACACUGGUGGAUGACUUCAUGCCCGGGGAGAACGACUAUGAGGAGAUAUAUGAAGGUGAUUGUCAUGGUUUCAGAAGAAGAGGUGUGCCUAUGAGUUUCCAGGAGGACCAGGACCUGGGCUUCAUGCCACAGCAGCUCAGCAGUGGCAGCAGUGAGGAUCACAGUAGCAGCGAUGAGGCGUCCUCUCCCUCCUACUCCUCUGGAUCUGAACCAAUCCCACCUCCUCCCACCCAGAGCCCUCCACCUCCCCCACCCUUCCAGGCUCUGAUACCCCCUCCUGUCCAGUUUACUGACCCUCUCCCACCCGUCCGCUUCUCUCCUGAGCACAUCCCCCGCAGCCGUAUGCCCUUCCAGCCACACCACCCCAUCAUCCCUCCACCUCCACCCCCUCCGAGGACCCUCCUGUCCAGCCGUUCUCCACUACACAAAGUGCUCCCCACCAGAGAAGAAGCAGAGAAAACUCACCAACGCUUCCAGACCACCUCCACCCGUCUCUCGCACGGCCACAGCACCAUGGGCUCCACCACCCUGCGCCCCUCCCAGCCGUCCCGCCCCAGCUACCUCCCGCGCCAGCUCAGCCAGCCCCAGCCUAUCCACCAGCCAUCCCCCCAGCCCUCCCCUCAGCUGCUGAGACCAAGCCAGCUCGUCCUCCAGAGGCACCACCAGCUUCACCACCAACACAGCUACCAGGGCCCACUGCCGCCAUCCCUCCAGGAUCACAGCCCCUCCCAGUCUACGAGCCAAGGCCCCGCGGGCUCCUCCCUGCUCUCCCAGCCUCCAGCGUCUCACUCUACCCUCCCCAGUCACACUAACACCUACGAAACCGCACGACAGGAACACCAGUCACAGCAGGUUCCACCACCUCCACCGCCACCCCUGCCCCCACCCUGUGACCCGCCUCCACUGCCCAAGCCAGGCCACCACGCCUCAGACACCAACCACAUGAGUGUGAAGAGGCUGCGCUGGGAGCAGGUGGAGAACUCUGAGGGAACCAUUUGGGGUCAGCUCGGAGAGGAUUCAGACUAUGACAAGCUCACUGACAUGGUGAAGUACUUGGACCUGGAUCUGCACUUUGGGACCCAACGCAGAUCCAUCUCUCCUCCAGAGCCAGCCUUCCUUCCCGAGAACUUUAAAAAGAAAGACGUGGUGGAAAUUCUGUCUCAUAAGAAAGCCUACAACGCCUCCAUCCUCAUCGCCCAUCUGAAGCUCUCCCCCACCGAGCUGCGCCAGGUCUUGAUGAACAUGACCACAAAGAGGCUCGAGCCGGCCCACAUCAAGCAGCUGCUGCUCUACGCCCCCGACGACGACGAGGUCAAACAGUACGAGCAGUUUGACCAGGACCCAGCCAAGCUAAGCGAGCCCGACCAGUUCAUUUUCCAGAUGCUGAUGGUGCCUGAAUAUAAGACUCGUCUGCGGAGCCUCCACUUCAAGACCACCCUGCAGGAGAGGACGGAGGAGAUGAAGGUUGCGUACGAUUACAUCUACAAGGCUUCAGUGGAGCUGAAGAGCAGCAAGAAACUGGCCAAAAUCCUGGAGUUUGUUCUUGCGAUGGGGAAUUACCUGAACAAUGGUCAGCCAAAGAGCAACAGGACAACCAGUUUUAAGAUCAACUUCCUAACUGAGCUAAGCACAACCAAAACAGUGGAUGGGAAAUCCACUUUUCUCCACAUACUGGCCAAGUCUCUGUGCCAACACUUCCCUGAGCUGCUCAACUUUUCCAGAGACCUUACAACGGUGCCUCUGGCAGCCAAGGUGAACCAGAGGGCCAUCACAGCAGAGCUGAGUGACCUUCAUACCACCAUCCAAGACAUCAGGGCAGCCUGUCUGAAGAUCCCACCCACCUCUGAGGACCACUUUGCUUCUGUCAUGAGCAGCUUUCUGGAGAACAGCCACCCCGCGAUCCAGUCUCUGGAGUCUCUGCAGACCCGAGCGAUGGAAGAAUUCUCCAAGGUGGCCUCCUACUUCGGAGAGGACAGCAAGUCCACCUGCACGGAGGCCUUCUUCGGCAUCUUUGCAGAGUUCAUGUCCAAGUUUGAGAGGGCUCUCAGUGAGACCCAGACUCCAGAAAACCCCAGAAGCCCCAGACUGUCUUCCCCUCUGGCCUGGUAGAGGCAAAAAAAUGUGGGCGGAUGUCGGGCCAAACCGACAAGGCCGGUCGGCUCCAUUUUCACUCUGCUCUCCACAACCAAAGUGCCAAGAUCCCACACAGAGACACUCAAACCAUCGGGAACAGAGACCACGUCAUCUAUAGCAAACGGAAAGAGGCAAAAAAAAAAAGCAGAAAUAUACUUUACUUAUCUGUAGAUAAUUCUAACCCGUGCCCCGUGUGCAGCAGUGCUGUUAUUUUAGGUGCUGGAUAGAGCAGGAACAUUCAGGUGUCCACAGGUCAACAGGAACUCUCCACACACUGAAGACUCAAACUAGUCUUUACAUUACUUACAUCUCUUUUUAAUACACAUUAUAUAUCAGAUAUUAAAAGAUACAUUAGAGAAACUAUCCAUGUACAUUUGAUUGCUUCACUUCAUCUUGAAGCUGCAUUAAAAUGAGAUGUAAGCAAUGAAAACAACUGGUCUGGAAUUUACAGAUUACUUGCUAUGUUUAUUAUAUAACAAUACAAAGUUUAUAUUUUCUAUCAGAUCAUAUUUGAAAAUUGUAAAAAUGAAGCGUAGAUGUAGGCGGAGAAAAUUAUCUGGAAUCAAGAUGAUUCACAAGCGUAGUGUAUUUAGUGUGUACGGAGUCAUGCAGGACGGCGAGUGUUUGACCACACAGUUCAUACGGCGGUUUGCUCACUGCAUCUCCUUCCAGCAGGAUUUAAUUUAAAGAUUUAAAAAUACUACUUAGUGGAGUUUUCACAGCAACUUGUAUCCACAUUGCUGAUUUCAGAUGUGGUCAUUUUCAUCUAAUUUACUGUGAUUUUAAAGGGCAUCUUCUGUGAGAAUUUCAAUUUUGUUCUCCUCAUGCAGUGAGCUAAAGUCAAAGUCAGCCGCCCCCGAGCUCUGGGUCACUUUUCCUUUGAAGUCUGCUGCAUAUUACAUUUCGAAAUUGCUGAUGAGAAUCAGAUAACCAUUUUCUGUGGAAGCAAAACAAGGCAAUAAAGAUCAACCACUAAUCAAUGUUGAAAUUGAAAAUAAAUUUAUAGAACUGAAAUAUGACCAUCUAUCUGAAUUUAAAAGGUUUCAAUUCCUCUGAAAUUUCCAGUUGCACAAUUUCAGAAACUUGAUUUAAUGUAAGAGAAAAGAAAACCGUAUUCAAGUUCCUCAAAUUCCACUGGUUGUUUUUUUUUGGUUUUUUUUUAGAUCUAAAAAUUAAAGUCAAGUUAAAUAAAAAAGUGGUUGUUCAAAUUGGAUUGGUUAAAUUUGCACACCAGAAUUUCAAGAUGAACAUUUCUGGACUUGAACAACACUAGAGAUUAGCAUUUGAUAAUGAAUGGAAUUGAUUAGACCUCUAUCAGUUUACAGUCUGUCGGUCCUGUGACCCAUAAAUAAAAAUAAAGUUGCGGGACUGGAAACCUCACACAACUGAAUUUUCUAUCUAAAUUUCGGAACCUUGAAAAGAAAAAGUUUUUAAAAUUUGAAGAUUUCAAGUUUUAAAAUCUGAAAUUUCCAAGGAAUUCAAACAAAAUAGAUGACCUUAGAUAAAUUCUAUGGUAUUUAAACUUAAACAGUAAGUAUUAAGUAGUGAUUACAUUUCACAUAUUAAGCUGCUUAUAAACUUUUGAUCAUUUGGCCUUACUUGGCUUCCAUGGGUUUUAAGCACAAUGUGCUUUUAGAUGAUAAUGAGCCAUGUCUAUGGCACAAAUAACAUCAGCCACCCAGAUGCUAGUAAAGGAGGGGGUGGUCAUAGUUAACUUUUGCGUCAUCUCCUUUACACAUGAACGAGGUUGUUUAUUGAAGACGUUACAGUUUUGCUUGAGUGGCUAAAACGGUUUUUAAACCGCAUACCGUGAUAUCCCCGUUGGACUGGUCCUGAGUUGGUCCUCAUCUGAAAUCCAUCCAUUCAGGUCGGUUUUUGCAGCAAACCAACCAGGAAGCCUCCAGACAGCUGGAGUCCUUUGCUAUCAACCAUUCAGCAUCUUUGAUCAGAUCCAGAUUCAUUCAGUAAAUACCGUCAUGUAUUUGUAAGCCAUUAUUCAGAACACUUGGAACAUUAUUGCACCUUUUGUAGAGAGGUAACACUGCCUACAUCAGCACAUGGUGAAAUUUGGCUCAGAAAUCAUCUGUUUCAUAGAAGGUGUGGGUGGAAUAAUAAAUCUUUUUAACUAUUAGUGUCCUUUGUUGUCAGUACAGAAAGCUAAAAGCCAGCUUUCAUCUGAAGGCUGAGCCGUGUGAGAGAGGACGGCUGUUAGUUCUGCACUUUGUCGAGUAUUGCUUGAUUGUUGUGAACGCAGCCCUGCUUAAUCCAGUGGGGGCUGCUGAAUGUAUGAAAAAAAAACAACCUACUGUAAAUGGUUAUUUCCUGCUUCUCUGGUCGUCAUGGUGAUCUUAUGACUCAUCUACAGCACAGUGUACCUGUAGCUGUGUUGUAUUUAUGUCGAUGAACUAUUGUUGAGAUUGUAAAUUGACUGUUUUUGCUAUGCACAGCUCAUAAUUCUCAUUUCGUAUGCUUGUGUGUCCUGAGUCCUACUUUAUUUUCUUUUCCAAGAGUGUUACCAGGAAAUUACUAUUUCAUUUCUUCUGUAUGCACAGCUUUAGUCAAGCUUACGAGGUGACCGCGAUCUCGUAAAAAUGCAAUCCUAGCUGCUACAGUGUAGUAACUGUGUUUCUUGUCCCAAUCAAUUGCAUGUUGGUGCAGUUAAUGUAUUAAGAUGUGCAGCUGGUAGCAUUUACCUUCCCUGGAUAUUUAGGUUUAUAAUGAAAUACAUUUCUGUUAGUCUAUUUGAGUUUAUUCAUUAGUUGCCUACAGGUUCCCUUUUAUAACUGUUUUAUAUGUUUUCAUGGGAAGUUGUUCAUGUUUUGUGAUUUAACUUUAUGUUUGGUUCAGUGCUUUCAAAUGAAGAAUGUUUUUGG